UACAAUUUAGAUAAAAAAACAAAUCCCGAUGUGCGUACCCCAGUGCGAUAUCGCAUGUGAAAAUGGGUUUUGUAUUGGUACCAAUCGAUGUCAAUGCAAUACAGGAUACAAAUUAAAUGAAGAUUCCACGUGUGUACCACAAUGCACUAAUGAAUGUGAAAAUGGUACAUGUAUAUCACCAAAUGAAUGUAAAUGUGACGUAGGAUUUAAAUUAGAUGAGAAGAAUAAAUGCGUAUCCCAAUGUGAUACAGAAUGUGGCCAUGGAGUUUGUAUAGCACCUAGUAAAUGUUUAUGUAACGCAGGAUAUAAAUCUAACAAUAAUAGUAAUCCAAUAUGCGUACCUGAAUGUUAUUCAGAUUGUGGAAACGGGUCUUGCGUAGCACCAAAUAAAUGUAAAUGUAACGCAGGUUAUGAAUUAGAUAAAAAUAGUAGCCCAAUGUGUGUGCCACAAUGCGAAAUCGAUUGUGGCAAUGGCACUUGCACAUCACAUAAUAAUUGUGAAUGUGACUCCGGUUAUAAAAUCUCCAAGGAAAACAACCCGAUGUGUGAACCGAUAUGUUAUAACGAUUGUGGAAAUGGUUCUUGCGUAGCACCAAAUAAAUGCGAAUGUCAUAAUGGUUACAUCUUUGAUAAAGAAAAAAAUACAUGUAUACCGCAAUGUGAUACCAUAUGUGCAAAUGGAUACUGUGUGGCGCCCAAUUUAUGUGAAUGUUUUAAGGGCUAUAAAAGUAGCAAAGACAAAACGUUGAAUUGUGUUCCUGAUUGUGGUAUAUGUGAAGGACGUUGUAUCGCACCACACAAAUGUGAAUGCGAUCCACCUUUGAUAACAGCACAUGUUACUGUCGAUGGUAAAGAUUGUAAUGAUAAUACUUCUGAAUGCAAACGUAUUAUUUGUAAAACUGAUGACAAUACAACGACUACUAAGAAACUCAUCUCUUCUACAAAAAAAUAUGUCAUUACAGAUAAGCAUGACAUUGUUGAUAAAAAAGACAAUAACACCAAACUGCCUGAUCAUAAGAUCAUCAAAAGUAAACUUUAUGAAAAAGCGAGUAAGGAAAAUCACACAGAAAUUAGCAUAAUUACCAAUGUAACUAAGUCCAAUAGUGACCAUGGUUCCAAAUAUAACUAUUAUGACGUCGACAGUUCGACAACAGCCACAGUAUCUAAUAAAGUUGUAGGAAAACAUAUGGAAAAACAGAAACAGGAAAGCAAAUAUUGGACUCAAUCAGGCUGGAUAUACCUACCAAUAGUUGGCGUCGUUGGUUCCAUACUAGUUGCAACAGUGAAACUUUUGCAAAAAUGGCUAUAAAGAAAAUUAUAACCCGGUACAUAAUUUUCCUUUACGUUAUAUACUUAUGUACGAGUAUAUGAGUCAUUAGUUACUCGAAAAUAAACCAUUUCCUUUCAUAUGUUGUUUUUACAUGCAUUCAUUUUAAUAUUAUGUCCUCACUCAAAGAAUGGCUACGGGAAUUCAAGUUCCCAAUGCAAGCUGCAUCCUGAAAAAGUGAAGAAGUGAUACCCGGUAUGAUUUUAUAAAACAUUUUAUUCACUUGAUCAUAAAAUCUUGUCAUAAUCAUAAAUUAAAAUGUACAAAUAAUAUUGUCAUUAAUUAUAGUUCUACAAAGUAUAUCGUGUGUUUCGAUAAAGUGUAAAUUUUAGUAUUCUUCAAUAUUUCAGAUCAUUUAAGUAUCACAUUCAGAAUAUUAACAUACUUU